GCUUCACCCAAAGGAGCAUUUAGAUCAGCCUUCGUGGAUUUUAGAACGGAAGUGUUACUUUCCGAUGGAGAAGAGACCCGAUUCUGAUUACCAAGCUGCUAAAGGAGAGGGUUUUGGCUGAUGGCACGAGGCUCGGUAAAUAUACUGCAACAAAGAGGCCGUGUUUAUUUCUUUUAUAAAUUUGAAUGGACCAUAUCUCUGAAGUCCAUAGACAUAAAACUUUUGAUUAGAGGCAGAAUAUCUCAUUUUCGUUUUCUUAUUCAUCGGAAUGUCCAAGAUUGCACUGAUCAUUUCCAGCACACGCAAAGGUCGCGUCGGCCUCGAGGUUGGAAAGUGGCUCAACUCAAUCCUAGAAGAUGUCGGAAGCGACGCUGAAAUAACCAUGGUCGACGUAGCUGCCUUCAACUUGCCAGUGUUUGACGAAACGGUGAUUCCAGCAAUGGUUCCCGCCAUGGCACAAUGGACUACCGCCCACGCCAAAGCUUGGUCAGACGAGAUAGCCAAGUACGACGGUUACGUGCUCCUCGCGAACGAAUACAAUUUCGGCAUGUCUGGCUCCACUAAGAACGCUAUCGACUACCUAUAUCACGCCUGGAUUGGAAAGCCUAUCCUUAUCGUAACAUAUGGCAUAAUGGGAGGUGUGCAUGCAAGCAAUCAGCUGAAAGAUGUCCUCACGGGAAUGAAGACGAGACCAGUAGACACCAGACCGCAGCUAAAGUUUAUCGGCGGACAGUCUGGACCGGACGUUCAAAAAGCUAUGGCUGGUGAGCUUGGAGAAGAGAGCAAGAAGGCUUGGAGUACCGAGAAGAAGCCGGAGAUUCUGAAGGGCUUUGCAGAGCUCAUAGCAGCUUUAAAAGAAGCUUCAUCCGCUGUAUCUUCAUGAUGAUACUCGCGAAUCCACCAUACCUCACAAGAUCCCUCACAACCACCGUAAACUCGAUUUUGCUCUUGUUGACAGAUCUCAACAGUCGGUUGGAACAUGGGAUUGCUAUCGUGCUAAUCGAUGGGCCCUUCGGAAAUUGGCAACAUUAGUUCUCAUUUUCUGCUACACUUCAAAGUCACAUGGAUGUCUGGGUAGAUGAAUUUAGAAAAGAAGAAAAAAAAACCAUGCUGC